AUGGCGCAAAUCGAGCUCAUCCAUGGCGCAGGGGAGCAAAUCGAGCUCGUCAAUGGAGCAAAUCGAGCUGGUCCAUGGCGCAUCUGCAUCGUGACGCCGCACACCAGCGCGGCCAUUGAUGCCCGAGAACUACUGCAGCACCUGCAUCGUAACGCCGCACACCAGGGCGUGCCGCAUGCCAGGCUCCAGGAGCUCGCGCCACCGCACCGCGCCGCCGCCGCUGGCGGCCUCCUCUGA